AGGAUCUCGUAAUUAUGAGAUAGUUAUCUCAUAAUUAUGACAUAAAGAUCUCGUAAUUAUGAGAUGUUUUCUCAUAAUUAUGAGAUCUUUAUGUCAUAAUUACGAGAUAACCUGAUACUUUUUUGUGUGAUGUGAAUGCAAUUCGCCACUGUAGAAAAGGUUCUUCCUUGCUCAUGUCUAUUCAUUUUUAGACAGGUUUUUGAUUCUUGUGUCUAUCUCAUAGUCUGUGGCGCAACCGUUCUAUUGAUUGACUUUAUACAAUGAAUGAUAUUAAACAAUUGCCUAUCAAGACAAUAUAGGAUGAUAUCCUAUUUGAUUGAGCUACUUAAUUACCAAAGCUUAAAGUAAAUCAUGAUAAACCAUUCAUCAUGUAGUAGAAUACUGCCUAAGCCUUUACUGCAGUAAAACAUUCUAUGGGUUUUAGAUAUGAUAUAUAUAUGAUAAAUUUGACCAUGAUAUGAACAGACAAAAUAUUAAUAUCUUUUUUAUUUCAGAAAUAAACGCAUAUAUUUUGUUGCUAUAUGGAAUGGCAAACUACAUAUGUCCCUGUUUUUAAUUUCUUAAAUCUGGUCACCAUCUAAUGGCUAAUAAUAAUGCAAACAUAUGCCCUGUUGUUGUCCAAGCGUCACCGCAAUCGGACCAGAUCCAUGUCGUGAUUUCCAUGCUCCUCCGUAAUCAGAAGAUCCGUGCCGUGUUUUCAAGUCCACCGCAGACUCUCCAAUGCCUGUUGCCGUCAGCCAAUCCAGCUCAAUGUUGUGUUCCGCGACUCGGAGAACCCACGAUGGCCUCUGCUCAAAACAGACCAACAAGGAGAGCAGGUGGAGGCGCAGACCGAUUCAGGAUCGCCACCGUGUUUGAGCUCUGCGACGAAGACCAGGAUGGCCUGUUGACCAGGGAGGACCUGAAGGUUGCCGUGGUGAUGCUGUUCGGCUACAAGCCUUCCAAGUCGGAGGCCGACAAGCUCAUGGGAGACAGGCGAGAGCGGGCGCUCACCCUCCAAAUGUUUGAGGCUCUGAUGACGGAGAAGCUGUCCGAGGAGGAGCCGGACUCGUACGUUAGGGCGCGGCGGGUGUUUGGCGCCUUCGACGCGCACCGCCGGGGGUUCCUCAAAGAGGAGGACUUUGAGGCGGCGUUCAGGACGGUGGCUCCUCUCCUGCCCCAGAGGACCGCCUCGGAGGCCUUCCGUCACGCCGACCGCGACUCGGACGGUCACAUCAGCUUCAAGGACUUUGAGGCGGCGGUGGGCUUUGGACGCACCGACACAAACUCGGAUUGUAGUUUCAGCUAAUUGUUAUGGGUCUGUUUUUUAUUCAUUUCAAAUCCUGUGUUAUUAGCUUCGUUGUUUUCAUGAUUAAAGUGUUUUGGAAUAAA